AAAUCAUACUUUCCUUUGUUCUAUAUUUAAAGCACCUUCUUGUUUUGUUCUUCUCCUCCUCUUCCUCUUCUUUUUUCCAAGUCUUAAUAUUCUGGUCAACAUCAGAAAACGUGUAAGCUCUCUUUCUCGUUAAAAGGGUUUAAAACCCUUUGAUUUUAGCUUUGCUUUGUAGUUUCUCAGCUGAUUUCUUCCAAAUAAUAUUUUUGCAUCUGUUUUUGUUUGUUUGUUUCAGGCUUAGUGAUGGAUGAUCAGAGAAAUAAUGAUACUCAUCAUCAUCAUCAUCUAGGCCUCAAUAAGAUUGGGAAAAGCAUCCGUAAAGAUCCAUCAAACCAGCAAAAUCAACAACAGAAUCCUCAAGCUUUGUUUUAUAAUAUCAACAAAACCGAUUUUAGAUCCAUAGUUCAACAGUUAACCGGACUCGGUUCAGCUUCUUCAGUCAAUCCUCCACAGUCAACAAACCCACCAAAACCUCCAAAUUCAAGGUUGGUCAAAGUUAGACCGGCUCCUUUGACUCAAGUUAACCACCCUCCACUUCCACUUCCGGUUAAGUCAGAUCCAGUUGCCGCUGAAACGGUUCGGCCUGUUAACCCGGCCGAGUCUCCAAUCUCGGCUUAUAUGCGUUACCUAAUUGAAUCAAGCCCUGUUGGAAACCGACCUCAGCAACAAAACCAAAACCUGGUUCAGUCAUCAACCGGUUUGUUUCCUUCACAUCAAUCCGGUCCUAGUCCUAUGUUAUUCCAGUCUCCAGCUUCACAUUUUGUUUUGUCGCCGCGCCCUAGAUCGUCAUUUCCAUUAUUAUCACCCAAUUUCUUCGCGUUGUCACCACGAUUUAUAGGCGGUAACGACUCACUACCUCCGCCGUCACCGGGCUUUUUCUUCCCGUUGCUCAGUCCAUUAUGGAAAAAUCAAUAGCCAGUUAGUGCAUUGAUAAUCUUGUAAUUAUAACGGUGCAACUUGUAAGCACUAUGUAACAUGUAAUAUGAAGGCAAUUGCUCAUUUCGUUUGUAUUAGCGUGUAUGAAGAUGUCUCUUGUAGAAUCAUGAAUCUUUUAUAUACGAGUUUUAUUCUUAAGUUCAACAA